AAGCAAUCAUUUCUCCUUCUCUCUGGCUGCAUUCUUGCAGCCAUUGAGAAAUACUGUGAGAGCUGUGAUUGGUCACAGCUUGUCACAUGGUACAAGGCUGUUGUGAAUAGCCUUGUACCAUGUCACCUCUGUGAUCAUUCACAGAUUUCACUAGUAGUAAGCAAUGAUGUCAGGAAGUGACUAUUCAUGUGAUCACUGAUUGACCAAUCAGUGAUCACAUGAUCAGGACCUUACACAGAGGUUCCGUACAACGCCAUUGAGAAAUACUGUGUGAGCUGUGAUUGGUCACAGCUUGUCACAUGGUAUAAGGCUGUUGUGAAUAGCCCUGUACCAUGUGACCUCUGUGAUCAUUCACAGAUUUCACACGUAGUAAGCAAUGAUGUCAGAA